AUGAGCUCCAAGUUAAACUACGCAGAUAUCGACGUGCCACUGGAUUGGCUGUAUAAGGGCAAACGAAGAAGUAAGACGAGGAAUGUGAACUCCACGCGUGCCUCAGACCCAGCGCCUCCUUCCAGCAGGAAAAGUUCGACUCCAAAGGCGAAUCCCACUCCUACUGCUACUCCCGCUGCUACUCCCACAUUCGCAGCCGCCCCUCAAGGGCCCUCGACUGAGCAGAGUGUAAAGAAUGAGCCAUCUAAAUCUAAACCGGCGGUGCUCCCAGGCAAACCUCCGCAACAGGAACAACGAGGUGCUAGAAGGACACGUUCCCACUCGGUGUCAUAUGACGUUUUGAAAAAAAACGCUCAAGAGGCCACCUCAGACUCUCCAAAGAUAUCCCGAGUCAGAACUGCACAAGAUCAACCUGCCAGAGAAACGAAAAAUAUUGCCGUUCCGGAGUCCAUAGCUUCAAAAAAGGGAAGAACUCGUUCUUCGUCUAUAUCUACUCCUUUGAAUGAACGGUCCAAGAAAUCUCUAUUUGGUUCUUUGUUUGGAAGAAGACCCUCCACUACGCCUUCCCUCAGCACCGAGAAACCAGCGUCUUCUCAAAAUGACAGCAAAAAGAGUUCAGAGCUCUUCCCCAUAGACACUAAACAGCCGAAGAAUUCCACCCCCAGUAAUACGCCUGUUACCGCCUCUUCCAAACCGGCUAGUUCUGGCAGUAGCAGGCAUCGUAGCAGCUCCAUCACUUCAAAGUUGUUAAGCAUCCCACACAACAUAUUGGAGGGCUCUUCCUCGGAUUCUAACCAUCAUCAUCACCUUAAUGGUCAUGGAAAUGACCAGGAUUCGCCGUUACCAGCAGAGUCUCCAGAUUUGCCGCCCAUUCUGGAAAGAAGCACCACCCAGCAGUUAAAGAAACUAUCCGACGUCGAUCUGAGGAGGGUUACAAUAGCCGUUCAAGAGUUCGACGCGGAUCCUCCACAGCAACUACCUUCGAGAAAACCUAAAAGGGGCGACGUCUUGAUCCCAGAAGAUAUGGUAAGCGCACCCCCAUUGAUCUCCCUAGGUAUCACAAACAGUGGCGAUCAAACGACUUUCCAAUCAAGCGCCUCCGCUUUGUAUACUAAGGACUCUAAAGAAUAUAAAGCCGCUCUAGAACACUACAAGAAAGCAGCCAAAGAAGCCGAAAAACAUCAAAAGGACGCAUAUUAUGUCGCGGAACGCAUGGCUCAAGAAGUGGCAAACUAUAAGGCCAAGCAAUCGAAACUCUCUUCACUGUCCUCCGUUGCAACUUCGCCAGCAGAUUCAUUAGCGGAUCAGGAACCCUCUUCCAUAGACACUAAGGCUUCUAAACUCCAUAUCGAUAAACCCAUCAAUGCAGGCGCACAUCCUUUUGAAACUCAGCAUAAUGGUAACGCCGGACUCCCCUCUAGUGCAGAACAAACUUUGGACGUAUCCUACACUAGAUGUUGUCAUUUAAGGGAGAUUCUACCGAUACCUUCCACUUUGAGACAGGUUAAAGGUAAAACUGCUCCCCUACAGACUUUAAAGUUUUUGAAUCCAAAACCAACUCUAGUGGAUAUUUUAUCAUUUUGCGACUUUAUUGCCAUAACUCCGAUACAUAACAUUGUCUUUGACAAUGUGUCCCUAACUCAUGAUAUGUUUAAAAUUGUCAUUUGUUCUUUAGCAACUUCUCCAGUCGUAGAGAAAUUGGGGUUAAGAAACGUUGUGAUAAAUGAACAAAGUUGGAAACUACUUUGUAAGUUUCUACUGCAAAAUAAAACUUUAAUUAAACUGGAUAUUUCUCAAACUAAAGCAAGAUCGGAUCUAAGUGAUUCAAACUACAGAGACCAAAUGGAUUGGGAAUUAUUUUGUCAAGUGCUCAGAAAGAAAGACGGUAGACCUUUGGAAGAACUACUUUUGAAUGGGCUAAGGUUCGACAAGAUGCCGUUCGACUAUUACAAAAAUGUUUUACAGACAUUCGCUCAAAUGAACCCUGAGAAUCCUAUUCGUCUUGGGAUGGCUAACGUAGAGUUCUCCACUCAAUGUUUCGAUUUUCUCUUUGAUUGGAUGUCUCAAUACAACGUUCAGGGAGUAGAUUUGGCCUACAAUAAUUUAGAAACUUUGGUGAAACCAAUGAUCGAAAAACUGGCUAGAUUGCCUUACAAACGCCUAGAAUAUUUCACACUUAAUAGCACUAAUAUCACCUCUGUUGAUGAUAUGUCCUCCAUUUUGAAAUAUCUUUCAAGAUUGCCUAGCAUCAAAUUCCUUGACUUGAGCAAUUUACCAAUGUUGUUCCCAAGUAUUUUAAAAUCUGAUUACAAGUACUUGCCUCAAUUUCCUCAAUUAAAACGUGUUCACUUUGAUUUCAACGAUCUUUCUGUAAAGGAAACAACAAUGCUCGUGAACAUAUUAGCCAAGUGUGAAACCUUGUCCCAUGUCUCGUUAAUUGGUCAAAGUCCCAUGCCCGACGCCGAUAAAAUCUCUGUCGAAAGUGAUGAUUCUGAAAAGGCAAAAGUUGAAAAGAAAGAACAAGUUUUAUUCCUUAGAAAUACAUUGUGGGCUUCCCUGUAUGCUUUUGUUAGGGAUUCUCAUAAUUUAGUUAGUUUGGAUAUUGACUAUGAUGAAAUACCGGACGAAAUCCAAUCAAGAGUCGCUUUAUGUUUAAUGCAUAAUAUGAAAAGAAUUAUGGACUCUAGCUUUAAAUUGGACGAAUUGACUGUGCAAGAUGAUUUGAUAUUUGAUGGUUCUUUAAUAACAGAAAGUGCAGAAGAAGUUUUAAAGAGACUAAAUGAUAACUCCUUGCUUCAAAAUGACGUUGGAAGGAAAUAUCUCUUAAGAAAAUAUUUCGAAAAAAUGGAAAAAGUACAUCACAAUGUUCAGCAUACUAUCGAUUCUAUGUUUGAGAAAAGAGAAUCCGAUGAACUACCACUACAAGAAAAGGAGAACUUACUGCGGUUAUUAUUACUUGAGAAAAAUUUAUCAAAUAUUCUUGAAAUAUUUGCCUCUAUGCCCAAUAUAGCAGAUGUCGUGCCAUUUUCAAAGACUGACAACAGUUUCCCAGAUAUCAGAGAUAGCACCGGCAAUUCCGGUUACAACGAUGGUAUUCGCCCGUCUCUAAAACACUUGGAUUCUGACAGAUUAAUUAAUGAUGCUUCUGUUCCCGAAAACGAUUCAUCGAUCAGACCGCAUUUGAUGGCCACUGAUUCAGGACGUAUUAUCGAUGUAACCACCGGUAAAGCUCUUCUAUUUAAAAGCUCAUCGAACACUUCAUUGGCUGGUAAAAGACAAGAAGAAGAGGAAGGUGAAUUACACAAAUGGGGUGUCUUUGUUCAACAUCAAAGUUCAAGACAUAGUUCUAUGCCUCCUACUCCCACCAGCUCCUCGCGAAUUAGCGGUACAUCAACACCAGAUGGUGGAGCCGUAGACAGGAAGAAAGGGAAACCAGCUGAAGUAUCGAGUUCUAGGCCAAAAAUAUUACCAAAGAUACCUACGGGUACUGAACUGAGAGACGCGAUUAUCAAAGCCAAGGGUAUUAAUUCCGUUGAUGACUUGAUUAAAAACGUGACCUCUGAAAAAGUUGGUUUGGAAUCAUUAUACGGUGACGAAUUGAACACCAGAAGCCCAAGCAAUGAAAGUCUGCAGGAAUCACAGCAAAAAGUGCAUUUGCAAAGGCCACCCAUUGAAGAUGAAACUGUGACGAAGAAAUAUGACAAACUAUUGAACGAUUUAUCCAAUGUUCGUCACAGCAAAAGCUAA